AUGUUUUUGGAAGAUAGGAACAAGUUACUUGCGCUGGCAUUUAUGAGUCCCACCUCUGAUCACAGAGCUAUUGCCGAGAGGUUUCAACUAGCGUUUUCAAACUAUCAUGAACAAUUUCUGGAAGGCCUCACGCCACGUUGUCCUACCAUGGGACCAACAGUUUGGUUUAAUCGGGAGGAGAUAUUCGAAGUUCUUCCUGCUUGGCCCAUCCUCUUCCUUCUGUUACCCCGUGACUUCAUCUCUGUUCAUCAGAAUGUAGUGUUCGACCGUGAAAAAGUCUCAUGUAAAAACUGGAUGUCUAGAAAUGAUGUGAAAAUCGGUUCAAUUCGGUUGAGUAAAGAGAGCCUUGAACUCGCACAAAUGCCUGAUCUAAAGAGCUUGGUGAGGAGCGACUAA